UCUACCUUUCGAUUUGAUAUGAGUCAAGAAUAACGUGGAUUUCUUACGGGCGAACUUCAAAUUCAUGGAUCGUAGGACCCCCUCGAGAAAAUAUUUUCCCAAAGAGCGCGAUGGAGUAUUUGAUCAGGUUCACUCAAGUUCAUGAGACCUUUCGCCUGGCAGAAAUUAAAGCCCUAGCGGUUUUGGAGAAUAUUGACUUAGAAGUACUCUCAUAUAGUCCAACUUCCCCAUUUUGCAUUGCCAAAUUCCCGUCCGAGGCAGCUGCCAUCAGAUUGGUUGGACGAAGCAUUCUCGCAAAAUCUAUUUUUGAACUUUGGGGACAAGGAACCAACUAUGAGGAAGUCCACGAAAAUGUUCUGAAGACCUCUGGACAUCUGUGGCACAUCUACAAAGAUGUCUCUUUCAAGUUCUCCUUCGACCCUUUUCAAGGCUCACGUUCUAUACCUGAGCAGCGGAAGCUAAUCGAAGGGUUUCAGUUCCUUGGAUUUGACGGUCCCAUCAAAAUGAAAGGCGCAGAGGAGGAUUUCUGCAUCUGUGAAGAAUGGCAAUUUGAUGCUGUUGGCCUAGGUAUCACCAAGCCAGAGUCAAUCUAUCUAGGACGCUACAUUGGCGGAAGUGAGCGGGACAUCAUCGGAAAAUAUGACUUGAAGAAGCGGAAAUAUAUCUGCACUACAUCCAUGGAUGCAGAACUUGCUCUCAUAACUGCAAAUAUCACUCUAGCAGCGCCCGGCAAGCUUUUCUAUGAUCCAUUCGUUGGCUCGGGCAGCUUUCCACUUGCUGCUGCGCACUUUGGCGCUCUCGCAUUCGGAAGUGAUAUUGAUGGAAGAAGUAUCAGAGGAAGGGGCAAGACAAGCUUGUUAACCAACUUUGUCCAAUAUAGUCUCACGAAUCAAUUCGGAGAUAGCUUUGUUGCGGACUUGACAAAUACCCCACUGCGAUCAGCUAGAAUAUUUGACGGCAUAGUCUGCGAUCCUCCAUAUGGAGUACGAGAAGGGCUCAAGGUUUUGGGAAGUAGAGAUCCUACCAAGGGUAAAGAACCUGUGUACCGGAACGGAAGAGCUCAUCAUGAAGAAGACAGUUACAUCCCUCCCAAGCGACCAUAUAGCUUUCUGGCUAUGCUGGAUGAUAUCCUUGACUUCACAGCUGUUUCGCUUGUUGAUAAUGGACGUUUGUCAUUCUGGCUGCCAACCGCCAAUGAUGAAGACCAGGAGGUCCAAAUUCCUCAGCAUCCAUGUCUUCAGAUCACGAGUGUUUGCACUCAAAGUUUCAAUAGAUGGUCUCGGAGAUUGAUUACUUAUCGAAGGAUACCGGAUGCUGAAGUCAUCGAGGGCGUUGUUCGAAAAGAAAGAACUGCGGAAAAUGGCGUCAACGCUGACGACUUGAACCCUUUCAGGAAGGGAUACUUUAAGGGGUUCAAUCCAAUCUUGAAGUGAACUGGCAAGUCAGUACCUACAGGAGGUCAAGGUGCCUAUGUCUUGCGCUCUAUCUUGGUCUAGAUAAACCGCCAAGCAUCGCUUCAUGAGCAUUCAUCGCUGGUACUCGAUAUUCGAGCAGGAACAACAACGUUCCGUCUUCAAGAUCAUCUUGCACUUGUGUCGUCACAAAAACAUUGCGACCAAGUUGCUGCUAAAUCAAUCAUGGAGAGAAGAUCUUCCAGAGGUACUGCAUAUGUCCCGGGCUCCAUUCUACCGCUUCCUGAAGCCGCAUAUCCUUGAAGGAGGAUGGUCCUUUUUGUGUAUAGUUGGGGAAGGGAGAGGCAAGACGAGGGUAUCGAAAAUUGAGCAGGUUAUAGCCACAAAUGUAACGCAUUCUGCCGCUGGAAGAUAUGACACUCAAAUCACCCAAGAUGAAGCUUGUCU